CAAAACAAGAAAUGGAAGUCUCUAGGAGCUUCUGCUACAUCCCCAACCAAACUCUUACUCUCAAACUUUCUGGAAACAUCUUUUUCUGUUAAUAAAUUGGCUAAAUCCCUUCUUCCCCACUUAUUCAAUUGCACACCAAAACGCUCCAUACUCGAUAUAGCUUACACCACUUGGGCCAUCAAACCCCAACCAAUUCUAACCAUUUCUUUUCGUUCCGAUCAGUUUUUCGUCUCUCUCUCUCUCUGUUUUCCGAAACCUUAAUCUCUUGCCCGAUAAGGGAAAAUUAUGAAUCCUGAUAAGUUCACCCACAAGACAAACGAAGCUCUGGUGAGUGCUCACGAAAUAGCAACAAGCAACGGUCACGCGCAGUUCACCCCUCUUCACCUGGCGUCCUCUCUGAUUUCCGACAAGGAUGGCAUUUUCUCUCAAGCGCUUUCAAACGCCGCCGGCGAAGAAUCCGCGCGCGCGGCGGAGCGAGUCAUCAACAAUGCACUGAAGAAGCUGCCGUCUCAGUCUCCUCUUCCGGACGAGGUUCCCGCGAGCAAUGCCCUCGUCAAAGCCAUCCGCAGAGCGCAGACUCUGCAGAAGAAACGCGGCGACACGCACUUGGCCGUCGACCAACUCAUCCUCGGCCUUCUUGAAGAUUCUCAGAUAGCGGAGUUGCUCAACGAAGCUGGCGUGGCGGCUUCGAAGGUGAAAUCUGAAGUGGAGAGGCUUCGUGGCAAGGAAGGGAAGAAAGUGGAAAGUGCCACUGGUGAUUCAACCUUUCAGGCUCUGAAGACCUAUGGAAGAGACCUUGUGGAACAAGCAGGCAAGCUUGACCCUGUUAUUGGAAGGGAUGAGGAAAUUCGAAGGGUUGUGAGGAUUUUAUCUAGAAGGACAAAGAAUAACCCGGUUUUGAUUGGAGAACCGGGAGUGGGAAAGACCGCAGUGGUUGAAGGGUUGGCACAGAGAAUUGUUAAAGGUGAUGUACCUAGCAAUCUUUCUGAUGUUAAACUCAUUGCAUUGGACAUGGGUGCAUUGGUUGCGGGCGCAAAAUACAGAGGGGAGUUUGAGGAGCGGUUGAAAGCGGUCUUGAAGGAGGUGGAGGAUGCUGAGGGGAAGGUUAUUUUGUUCAUUGAUGAGAUUCAUUUGGUUCUUGGUGCGGGGAAAGGUGAAGGUUCCAUGGAUGCUGCUAAUUUGUUCAAGCCUAUGCUUGCGAGGGGUCAGUUGAGGUGUAUUGGUGCCACCACGCUUGAGGAGUAUAGGAAGUAUGUGGAGAAGGAUGCUGCGUUUGAGAGAAGAUUUCAGCAGGUGUACGUGGCAGAACCGAGUGUUGUUGACACUAUUAGUAUACUUCGUGGGUUGAAAGAGAGAUAUGAAGGUCACCAUGGUGUUCGGAUUCUGGACCGUGCUUUGGUUGUAGCGGCUCAGUUGUCUAGUCGCUACAUCACUGGUCGACAUCUUCCGGACAAAGCAAUUGAUUUAGUUGAUGAGGCUUGUGCCAAUGUGAGAGUUCAACUAGAUAGUCAUCCAGAGGAAAUUGAUAACCUUGAAAGGAAGAGAAUGCAGCUAGAAGUGGAACUUCAUGCACUAGAGAAAGAGAAGGACAAAGCUAGUAAAGCUCGUUUAGUGGAAGUGCGGAAAGAGCUUGAUGACUUGAGAGACAAGUUGCAACCUUUGAUGAUGAAGUACAAAAAGGAGAAGGAAAGGAUUGAUAAUAUACGACGACUAAAGCAGAAAAGGGAAGAGCUGAACUUCGCUCUACAAGAGGCUGAGAGGCGAUAUGAUCUUGCUAGAGCUGCAGACUUGCGGUAUGGGGCGAUUCAGGAGGUGGAAUCUGCAAUACAAGAGCUUGAAGGGAACAAUGAGGGGAAUGUAAUGUUGACAGAAACUGUUGGACCUGAACACAUAGCCGAGGUUGUUAGCCGUUGGACUGGUAUACCCGUGACAAGGCUUGGCCAAAACGAUAAAGAAAGGUUGAUUGGUCUUGCUGACAGAUUGCACCAGAGAGUUGUGGGGCAAGACCAAGCAGUUAAUGCUGUUGCUGAAGCUGUGCUGAGAUCAAGAGCUGGGCUUGGAAGACCUCAGCAACCAACUGGUUCCUUCUUGUUCUUGGGUCCAACUGGUGUUGGCAAGACUGAGCUUUCAAAGGCACUUGCUGAGCAACUCUUCGAUGACGAAAAUCAAUUGGUGAGAAUUGACAUGUCUGAAUACAUGGAACAACACUCUGUUUCGCGGUUGAUUGGUGCACCACCAGGGUAUGUUGGACAUGAAGAAGGAGGUCAACUAACUGAAGCUAUAAGGCGGAGGCCUUAUAGUGUGGUACUCUUUGAUGAAGUGGAAAAGGCACACACAUCUGUGUUUAACACUCUCCUUCAAGUCUUGGAUGAUGGGAGGUUAACUGAUGGCCAAGGCCGUACUGUGGACUUCCGAAACACUGUCAUUAUCAUGACCUCCAACCUUGGUGCAGAGCAUCUCCUCACUGGACUUUCAGGAAAAUCUUCAAUGCAAGUAGCCCGUGAUAGAGUGAUGCAAGAGGUGAGGAGGCAUUUUAGGCCAGAGUUGUUGAACCGGCUCGAUGAAAUUGUUGUAUUUGAUCCUCUUUCACACGAGCAACUAAGGAAGGUCACAAGGUUACAAAUGAAGGACGUUGCUAGUCGUCUUGCUGAGAGAGGAAUAGCAUUGGCAGUGACCACUGCAGCACUUGACUAUAUCCUUAGUGAGAGCUAUGAUCCGGUUUAUGGUGCCCGACCAAUUAGGAGGUGGCUUGAGAGGAAGGUUGUGACUGAGCUCUCAAGAAUGCUCGUGAAGGAAGAAAUUGAUGAGAAUUCAACAGUUUACAUUGAUGCUAGUGCUAUGGGUAAUGAGUUACUUUACCGGGUGGAAAACAAUGGGGGCAUUGUUAAUGCUGUAACUGGUCAGAAGUCUGAUAUUCUGAUUCAGAUGCCUAAUGGACCGCUACCAAGAUCUGAUGCUGCUCAGGCUGUAAAGAAGAUGAAGAUUGAGAAACUUGAUGAUGAUGAAGAUGGUGAAAAGGAAGAAUGAGUGCAGAGUGAUAACUUUUGGUGAUCAAGAGUCGUUCAAGUUGAUGUUUUUGCUCUUUUUGAACAACCUUUUCUGAAUGGGGCUGAUUAAAGAAUGGUGAACACCUGAGUGUAAUAGAUGCAGUUUAUUUUAAUUUUUAAUUUUGUUUUUGUAAAUAAGUUUGUUAGAAACUGAGGUGUAUAUCUUUGCAAAGUUACAAAUUUUGAGUGCUAAAUGAAGCAUAUUUGGAUUCGGAUGUCCAACAUUUGAAUUCGAUUAAUGUUGAAUAGUGUUAGAACCACAAAAAUAUAUGGAAAAACUUGCUGAUGUUGAUAAUUAUAA